AUUGGCUGUCCGUCCCCGGCACCGCGCUGGCACUCGUCCCGCAUCACAGCCUGACCAGCCUCGCCGCCGUCGUGUGUGCGGCUGGGAACUCGCCGGCCUAGACUCUGCUUCGCCAUGCACCCAAACGAGGCAGAUGUAAUGUUGCGCUGGCGUCGUGGUCGACUUCCCUCGGGCAACUUCAGCAGCGCUGAUCCGGGAGAUGCUGUUGAACGUGCUGCGCACGACCGGCACGGCACUCGUCGCGCCGAAUAUGCCUUCGAAUCGCGGAGAUUCGGUGCUGCAGCAUGGACAGCACGAAGCGGAUUGCGUGUCAUGCGGGUACUUGGGAGUUCUUUGGUGGAGGGCCGUGGAGUCGAUGGAAGGCAAGCCUUCUGAUGAUGCGGCGAUGGGGGCGACAGGUCCAGGUCCAAAGCUACUUAUCAAGGAUUCCCUUCGAGUUCAGCAAGUCUCGUAACAGCGCAGACCCGUCAACUCACCGCGUCGCGAGAACAUGGCCGUCAAAUGACCGCCCCGUCUGCGUGCCGAUGAGUUGCACAGACAACGUCACCACAAGUAUUCACUCACCGACAUCCGCGAGCAUGCCGUCGCCGCGACAUCCGGGCGCAUCGGGGGCGACGCGCCCUGUCCGCCUGCGAUCGAUCCCUGAUCGUUGCGCCCGCGCCCGAUCGUCUCCGAUCACUUGUGUGCGGCUAUGGUUGCGUUUCAGUUUCGUGGUCGUCUGCAGGCCGAGGAUGGCGAGCAUGGGUCUCUGCCUGCGCCUGAGGACCUGGUCAUGAUGGUUCGAGGCGAGCUGAUAAUCAACUUACCGCGGAAAGUACUCUGCCGGAGAUAUGCGGUACGAAGAACACGCCUUCGCGAAGGAUACCGGCAAGGCAGUCCAUAAUAUAUAUCCCCGAAC